CCACUCCUCCCCCCAUGCCCUCUUUCCUUCCUCUCCAACCUCUCCUGCCCCCCCCCCCUUUCUCCCCUUGCCAGCUCUCUCUCUCUUUCUCUUCCCCUCAGUUACCCUGGAGACUGUGUUGGGUGAAGUCAGCUGAAUGUGACGAUGCGUGACAAACCACACACCCCUUCUUCCCUCGCCCGCCCACGAACACCUGCGGGCGUGAUGUCUCGGGCGGCGGUGGUGAUGCCCCUGGUGGUGGUGCUCCUCGCCCUCGCAACACCUGCCUCCGCCCUCGAGCUGCAGCACAUGGAGGAGACGCUGAAGAGCCACACGCACACCCUGGCCAAGAUGACCAAGUAUCUGCGCAUGACGGACAAAUUCUGGAAUUGGUUUCGGGUGAACAGAGUAGUUCUGGAGGAGCUGUUGAACGCAGGCAUCCAGACGCGCGCCCUCGAUACACCGCAGCUCCACGAACUGAAUGAGAAAAUACUAGAUGUGGAGACGAAACUGGAGGGCGUCGGCGUGGAGCGAAGGACGGAGAUCGACAUGCUGUGGGAGUCGUUGGGGUCACAGAACGAGGUCACGAACCGACUGAAACUUGACCUCGUCCGCCUCGAGGAAGAGCUGGAGUCCGAGAGGAACAACAGCAGAGUCUUGAAGCAGGAACUGGAGGAGAACAAACAAAAAAGCGAGGAACUAGAAGAGAAACUGAUGAAAAUCGAACAAGGCAGCAAAAUGUCGAUGAUGUUUGUAAAUAAUCAGAUUAUGAAAGUUAAUAAUGAUCUGAAGGGUGUGAAGACGGUAGUCAAUGAAGUGAAGGAUAAACAGAGUGAACUUGACGCGAUGGAAAACAAGGUGGAGGACCACGAGCGCAGGAUCAGCCACUGGGAGGCCGAGGGCAACGUGACCAAGAGCGGCUGGGCGGGGGCCAUCCUGCGCCAGGUGGAGGACACGGUGGCGCCCCUCCGCCUCGCCUUCGACACGGCCUCCAACGACACGGCCAGGAAGGUGGAGGACCACGAGCGCAGGAUCAGCCACUGGGAGGCCGAGGGCAACGUGACCAAGAGCGGCUGGGCGGGGGCCAUCCUGCGCCAGGUGGAGGACACGGUGGCGCCCCUCCGCCUCGCCAUCGACCUCCUCAACGACACGAUCACCAAUGACACAGCCAAGAAGGUGGAGGACCACGAGCGCAGGAUCAGCCACUGGGAGGCCGAGGGCAACGUGACCAAGAGCGGCUGGGCGGGGGCCAUCCUGCGCCAGGUGGAGGACACGGCGGCGCCCCUCCGCCUCGCCAUCGACCUCCUCAACGGCACGACGGCCUCCCUCAGGAACGCGACGACGAAGGCGAAGGAGGACAUACAAGAAAUAGUACAAGAGAGAGAAAUAGACCGGGAGUAUGUAAAAAUCCUGGAGGAGGCGCUGGAGGGAACGUCUUCUGAGGUGGACCGACUGACCGCCAACCUGGACCAGCUGGUGAUCACGUUCCUCUUCCCGAUGAACGACAGCAUCUCGGCGCUGCGGAACGCCACGCACGACCUCAGGGACGAGCUCACGCAGCGUUUGGAGGAGGUGGAGAGGGACGCCAAAUACAAAGGCUCUACAGGCAGCACUAAAACGACCAUGUUCCAGUGGCAACUCAACACCCUGCGCAACGUCACCAGGGGCAUGGCGACCAACCUCACGACCCUGGAGAACCAGCUGACGUCCUUACGAGACUCCGAGGCCCAGCUCAAGAAAGAGCUCCAGGCGCUCCAGCAGCAGUCGGGGCAGGCGGACCUCGACCUGGACGCCCUCGAGGCCAAGGUAGGCAGCGCAGCCAACCUGACGGCGAGGGUGAAGAGCUUGGAGAAGAGGAUGGCGAUGCGCGACGCGACCCUCACCACGGGCAACAAGCUACUGUCUUCACUCGCCGCCGGGGGGUCUAUGCUGAACGCCCCGAGCGGGAAGGCCCCGGUGACCUUCCUCAAGAACCCAGGUCAGAUCGGCUUCCCUAUGGGCCCUGGUCCGUCGGGCGGUCCUUCGGGGGCGACUCCUUCAAGUCCUGGCUUUGCUGCAUCCCCGAACUCGGUCAUUUCUGGGAAAAAUGCUAGUUCGAUUCCAGUCAGCAAUGCGGGAGCGAGCGGUGGUCAGAGUACGCCUAACACACCAAGAACCACCGUUAGUCCAGGACUCGCUGGUAACAUGGGGGCCGCUAGUGGCCCAGGAGCAACUACUAACGCGAUUGUAACUAGUACACCUAGGACAACUGGUAAAGCAAGUGUAACAAGUUCCCCAGGUACCACUGUUAACCCAGUUAAUACAAGUGUAACUAGCACCCCAGGACCAGCUAGUAGCCCAGGAAAUACCGUUAACCCCGGAACAGUUGGUAACUCAAGUGGAACUAGCACCCCAGGACCAGCUAGUACCUCAGGAGCAACUGGCAAUACAAGUAUAACUAGCACCCCAGGAGCAACUAGUAACCCAGGGGUAACCAGUACACCGGGGACACCUAUUAGUACAGGAACAGCUGGUAAUCCAGUUGGUAACACAAGUGUAGCUAGUAAUCCAGUGGCAGCUGCUAACCCAGGAGCAGCUAGUAGGUCUGGGGUACCCGGACACUCAGGAAGUGCUGGUACGCCAGGGGCACCUGGUAAGCCAGGGGCACCUGGUAAGCCAGGGGCACCUGGUGGGCCUGGGGCACCUGGUAAGCCAGGGGCACCUGGUAAGCCAGGGGCACCUGGUAAGCCUUGGUAAGCCUGGUAAGCCAGG